CAUAUCCAUAUAUACUUCUUCUUGCACCUUGGUCUUACAUUUACUCCAUGUCCUUUCUCUUCAUAGCUACUACAAACUCGUAAUCACUUAAGUUUUCUUUCGAUUUAACGAUUCAGUAUUUGAAAUCCACUGAUCCGUCUGCUGCUUUAAACUAAUAAUAUCUUCGCACUGAAAAAUAUUACAAAGGUAGCAAUCGUGGAUCGAAGGUAUGGGAAGAGGCCCUUUUCCUCCAAUGAAUCGGAGGAGAAAGAGGAUAACACGAAUACUACUACUACUACUACAAAUGAAGAAGAACCUAUUUUCCCUUUUUACUCAGCUCGAUCUCAACAUGACAUGUCUGCUAUGGUUUCUGUUCUCUCUCAAGUUAUUGGCAGCACUACUACUACUACUACUAAUAAUAAUAAUAAUACCAAUAUUUCUUCAGUUAGUUCCUCCGUGAAUGGAAUUAAUCCAUUAACCCUACCUCAAUCAACUGGUGCAAAUCUGCAAAACCAAUCUCAGUCCGUCCAAGAACAAGGAAAUCAGCAGAGAAAACGGCAUUAUAGAGGAGUAAGACAAAGACCGUGGGGAAAAUGGGCAGCCGAAAUACGUGACCCAAAAAAAGCAGCUAGAGUUUGGCUUGGAACAUUUGACACUGCUGAAGCUGCAGCAAUUGCUUAUGAUGAAGCUGCACUUAAAUUCAAAGGCAAUAAAGCUAAACUCAAUUUCCCUGAAAGAGUUCAAGGCAAAACUGAAUUUAGUUUUCUCACCAAUACUACACAAGAUUUGGGCAUAGUUGGUCAGCAAUUUCCAGCUACUAGUUCCAUUAAUAGUAAUCUCCCUUAUUUUCAACCUAAUUAUUUGUCUCAAGAACAUUUUCCUAAUGUGCAUCACUACGCACAGUUGCUUCGAGAUGGAAAUAAUUUUGAGAUGAAUUUUGGGGUUUCGCCGAAUUUUUAUCAACCAAUAUCAGAAGGUUUUGUUUCGGAAUCGUUACCGAAUACAUCAUUGGAAUUACAACAAGGAACAUUUCAUGAGCAGGAACAAGAAGUUAGUUAUAAUCAGCAGCAAGAAGAAGAUUUUCUGAGAUUUCCAUUUCAUUAUGGGAAUUCUAAUUCAAGUACUGGACCUAAUACUGGUGAAAGUAAUUGGGAGGAUUUUGAACAUAGAAAGUAAUUUCUUGCUAUGUAAUUGAGGCGCAACGACUUUCGUGCAACUGCUACGCUCUUCGUAAGGUUUCUUGAAGAUGUUCGUUAUAAUUAAGUUCGUAACAAUUAAUUAAAGUUUUUUGGUCUAUCGGAAACAAUAUUUUUAUCUCUUCGAAGAUAAGGGCAAGGUCUAUGUACACCCCUUCCUCCCCAGACUUCACUAGUAAAAUUUUACUCUGAGUAUGUUAUUGUUGUUGUUAUUAUUAUUAUUGUUGGUGUAAAAUGCGAGUUUUUUUCCUCUGUUUUUCUUUCAGAAAAUUGUAACUUUGGAAGGUUUGUUUACGCUUCUUGUUUAGUUAUUACUAC